AUGGGUAUGAUUUCCGUAGCAUUUCUUUUGUUAUCCCUCAUAUUCUGCUCCUCACAUGCAGGAGAAUAUGAUUUUACAGUCGAAGUUGCCGCUGGAAAAUUCCAAUGCUUCUUCCAGCCUGUCGAUCUGGCCAAGCAUAAAACUAUUGAAGUAGAUUAUCAGGUAAUUGAUGGCGGCGAUUUGAACAUCAAUUUCAUGAUUCUUCACGGCGCCAAUAUUCUAGUUCAAGACCAAUUGAAAACCGACGGAAGCCAUCGUUUAGAGCUGAAUCAGCCAGGCGAUUAUCAAGUGUGCUUCGACAAUUCCUUUAGCUACCAAACAAGGAAGGUUGUCUUCUUCGAGAUCUUCCUGUUCGACGCCAACGGUAAUCUCGACGAACACGAUUUAUCAGCAAUGGCGAAGACGGAUUCCGAAUUGCAGCAAAGAAUGAACGCUCUGGGUGUUACCAUCGAAGAUUUUCACAAGCGCGCCUAUGCCAUCAAGAACAACUUGAACAAGGUCGAGUACCAUCAAGCACUGCUUCGAGCCCAUGAAGCUCGUGACCGCGCCAUCAUGUCAGCCAACUAUGAUCGCGUGACGUUCUGGAGUCUAAUGCACACGCUGGUGAUGCUCGGCGUCGCCGCAAUUCAAGUUUACAUGAUUCGCUCGCUAUUCGAAGAAAACUCAAAAAUCGGCAAGGUGUUACGAAAGGGAAAAUUCGAUUAG